UGGUGGUGCCACAGUGCGCAUGCGCAGCUUCCGACGCGACUUGCUUGUGAGCUACUGCCGCGCUGUUGCAGAGGCACCACACACACCGCCUCAUUCAUUUGCGCUCCACUCGGGAAAGGGGCAUCCCUGCCGUCUCGCUUCUGUCGGGGUGUUUUUUUUUCCUCCACCCUGCGUUUGCUUUGCACGUUUUUUAAGCCGACUAACCCUCGCCAUGGCAAACAAGGAGGAGAAACCCGAAGGGAAGGAGUCGAGCUGGAAAGAUUGUAUCUACAACCCGAGGACGGGGGAAUUCCUGGGGCGCACUGCAAGCAGUUGGGCUCUAAUCCUUCUCUUCUACCUGGUCUUUUAUGGAUUCUUGGCUGGGAUGUUCUCUCUCACCAUGUGGGUGAUGCUGCAAACACUGGAUGAUUACACUCCCAAGUACAGGGACCGAGUUUCCAGCCCAGGUCUGAUGAUCAGGCCCAGGAAUCUGGACUUCGUAGUGAACCGCUCUAACCCGCAGCAGUACAGCCAGUAUGUAAAGCAGCUGGAGAAGUUCCUUUUGGAUUAUAACGAUACACUGCAGGAGCAGAAUGAACAAUGCCAAGGUGGCCAAUAUUUUUUGCAGGAUGAUCCAGAAGAGAAAAAAGUUUGCCAGUUCAAGCGUAGUCAACUGCGUCAGUGUUCCGGAUUGGCCGAUACAGACUUUGGUUAUAGCGAGGGACAACCUUGUGUGUUGCUGAAGUUGAAUAGGGUUAUAGGAUUAAAGCCCCGAGGACAGCCGUACAUCAACUGCACAGCCAAGAGAGAAACUCCUCUGCAGAUGCAGUAUUUCCCAUCUGAGGGCCACAUUGACAAGAUGUACUUCCCCUACUAUGGCAAGAAAGCACAUCCUAACUAUGUGCAGCCUCUGGUAGCAGUGAAGCUGCACCUAAGCGAAACGGAUUAUAACACACACAUAACCAUCGAGUGUAAGGUGGAAGGCUCUGACCUGCGCAACAACGACGAGCGUGACAAGUUCCUGGGUCGAAUCACCUUCCGUAUCCUAGUGACCAAGUAGCCUGGAUUGCUCACUGAAGCUGCACGAUGUCUCAUCACUCACCUCCCACAACCUGCUCUCCUUAUACACACUUGCGUGAGGUAGCCCCUCAGUCCUCCCAUGUCACACUACCUUCUGACACCUUGAGGGAGCUCAACAUUCAUCUGUACUGUACUCUGAAUGUAGGUUCAGAACAGGGCAAUGGGCUGCUCGUAUAGUAGUGUGUGUGUGUGUGUGUGUGUGUGUGUGUGUGUGUGUGUGUGUGUGUGUGUGUGUGUGUGUGUGUGUGUGUGUGUGUGUGUGUGUGUGUGUAUUUAGAUUUCAAUUUAACACCUUUUCCCUACUGCCUACAAUUCCCUUUCACUGGAGAAAUUAAUACAAGUGAGUGCACAUUCAGCCUUCACAUCAUCUCUGUAAGACACAAUGCUAGUGACAUCGUGCAGCAAGCAGGGACCUGUAAAUAGAUGUGUCAGAGAAUAGAGUUGUAUGUCUAUUUCCUCUUAUAGUGCUGUGUGUGUGUGUGUGAGAGCGAGAGAGUGAAAGAGAGCUAUACGUGUGUGAGAUAGCGAGUAAGAGAUAGAUUGUGUAUGUAUACGUGUAUGCGAGUGCCAUAAUGUGAAGUCUAUAUGUACAUAUUUAAUGGAUUUUAAAGACACUUGUUUUUUUUUCCCCCUGUAUCAUCACUCUCACAAUGUCUGACUGCUGUAAGAAAUCAAGGUUAUGAUAUAUAUGUAAUAAGAAUUGUAAUUUAAGAUUUUGGAGAUAUGAAAAAGUUAUUAAGGGGUGGGGUGGGACACAAAAAGUCUAUCAACUUUGUUUUUUGAAUCCAUCUACCAUCCAAGGAAAGUGAUUUUAUAAAACCUCUGCAGAAACUGUACUUUGUGCAGAUGCCUUAAAGAUCUGUAUGGAAACAACUUCAAAUAAAGGAGAUUUUAAACAUGGA